GGAGGACCCCCCGGUCCUACCGGGUUUUUAGCACUGGCGGAGAGCAGACUUUGCUCACAAUGGCAGCGGAGUGGCGGACCGAGGCCGAGAAUGGCAAGAUGGAGCGAGAAUUGCAAGAUGGAGGAUAGCGAAAAUAUGAUCGCUCUACUCCUCUCCCAUCUCACAGACCUCCUAGCGACAUGCAUUACACAGCAGGAGGACAUCCAUAGCCUCGACGACGCACUGACUCAAGUCCACGGCCGCCUCCGGCAGCUGGAGCAGCGACCUGUCGACGCCCCCGGUGCAAGCUCUUUCAACACCUCCGAUCGCCUCGAAGCAUUGGAGAUGGACGUCGGCUCCCUCAAGGACGGUGUGCAGUUACAGCAGACCGCAACGCAACAAUUGGAACAGCGGAUCUGUACUACCGCCAACAACUCAAGUUCGGAACCGCGCGAGACAGCUCCAAAGUUUGACGGGCAGGAAAUCUUCUCCGACUUGACGAAGACAGAUCCGAUUCCAUGGUUCCGCAAGUUCGAGCUCACGCUACAGCUACACUACGUCAAGGAACACAAGCACCACGCGUACUUAUACUCCCGGUCGGGGGGCGCGUGCCAGGCAUGGUUGGACAAUUUCUUGUCCAAGUACGGAGUUGUAGCUAGCGACUUGCACACCAAGAUCAACUGGGAUGAUCUGAAGGCGGCAUGGCACAAGCGGUUCCAACUCGAGCCACCGGAGAUCAAGGCAAUGGACAAACUCAUGGUCUUCGAACAAGGCACGCUACCGAGUGUCGACUGGAUUGCCGAGUACCAACGCUUGACAUCAGUCCCAGACAUCCAGAUGGGCUUCAAAGCCAUCCACCACUAUUUCAUCUCAAGAUCGUGUCCGACAUUAAGCAAUGCCCUGACUCACGUCGAGGACACCUUGAUGACAACAGCGGAACUUUUUGACAAGGCCGCGCGGAUUAUCAUCACGAACAAGGAGGCUAAGAACCUGCGUUCGCCUGCGCCAGCCCCGAGCAGAGACCAGCAUCGGCCAAGAGUGGCCGUGGUCGCGGCGGCAACGCCUUUUGACCAAUCUAGCGAGGCUGUGUCUGCCAAUGAAGGGGACAGACUCGCAGCCGCUCGGGAAGGUGGCCGCCCCUGCAAAGGCCCAGGACGCGAUGCGUCCGACUAUGGCAUUGGUGCCGUCCUCGAGCAACAUGAUGGUGUGGACUGGCACCCGGUCGAGUAUUUCAGCAAGAAAGUGCCCGUCGUGCAUUCCAUUGACGAUGCACGCAAGAAGGAGCUCCUCGCCUUCGUCCACACGCUCAAGCGGUGGCGGCACUUCCUCCUUGGUCGAAGCCAAUUCCGAUGGGUAACGGACAACAAUCCGUUGGUCUUUUACAAGACCAAAGACACCGUCAACAGCACCAUCGCUCGAUGGAUGGCUUUCAUCGACCAGUUCGACUUCUUUCCCGAUCACAUUCCGGGGAAGUCGAACCGUUUUGCGGAUACUUUUUCACGGCGUCCGGAUCAUUGUACCGCGGUCUACUCAACCUUCGAGAUCGACGACGACCUGCGGAACAGCUUCAGCCGCGGCUACCAAGCCGACCCCGAGUUUCGCGACAAGUACGCGAAUUGCUCCUCCCCUAAUCCGACGCCUUCUCACUACCGGAUCCAAGAGGGGUACUUGCUUGUCCACACGUGGGGGAAGGACCUUCUUUGCGUACCGAGUAAUCCUCACUUGCGUACACGGCUUCUUGGCGAGUUCCACGAUGCUCUCGCCACCGGACAUUUUGGCGUCAAUCGCACGAUUGGCCGACUUCGCGAGCGAUUUUGGUGGCCCGGCCUUCUCGGCGACGUCACACGCUAUUGUGAGUCAUGCGAGGUUUGCCGACGCUGCAAAUCCCGCAACCACCGUCCGUACGGCGAGUUACGACCAUUACCGGUCCGGUCGAGGCGAAGGGAAGUGAUUGCCAUGGACAUUACCGGCCCGUUCCCCAAGCACAAGACCGGAGUGGAUGGGAUUCUCACGGUGGUCGACCAACUCACCAAGUUCGCCAUGUUUUUGCCUUGUCGCUAUCAUGCCAAGGCACCGGAGUUGGCCGAGGUUCUUUACGCCGGUUGGAUUCGAACCAAGGGUUACCCCAAGGAAAUCGUCUGCGACCGCGACACUCGGUUCAUGUCCGAUUUUUGGUUGGCGCUCAUCAAGCGAUGGGGCUCAUCUCUCAAGCCCAGUUCAGCUCGCCACCCUCAGACCGAUGGCCAAACGGAGAGGGUGCACCAGACCGCACAGGUUCUCCUUCGCACUCUCAUCCGUCCUGACCAGAAGGACUGGGUUGAGCAGCUGCCGGAUGUCGAGUUGACCUACAACUCUUCCAUCCACCCGACUAUCGGGAUAUUGCCUUUCGAGUUCGAGCACGGCUCGCCGGUUACUUCGUCGUUGGACACCAUCACUCCACGAACGGCCAAGAGAGACGACCAUCUUCUUUUCUUGCGUCGGAUGCAAGAGCUACUUGUCAAGGCACGCGACCAGAUGGCCAAGACGCAGGAACGCAUGAGCCAGCAGGCCAAUCGCCAGCGCCUUCCUUGCCCAUUCCGCACCGGUGAUCUCGUUUGGGUCUCCGGCACAGAAUUCAGCCUUGAACAAGAUAUCUCGCGCAAGCUCCUCCCGAAAUGGAUGGGGCCUUGGCCGAUCGUAGUGCCGUCUGGAGACGCACCCGAGGGACCUUCCUUCACGAUUCAGGUGCCCGCCCACUUGCCCAUCUACCCAGUCUUUCAUUGCUCCAAGUUGGCUCUUUACACGCCAGCGGAACAUGACGAUUUUCCCGGGAGACGUUCGCAAGACCCACCCUCUAUGGACGAUUUUCAGGAGGUCGGCGACAUCAUCUCCCAGCGACGCUACGGCAACUGGCCAACCGAGUAUUUGGUGCAUUUUGCAUACUGCACACACCGAGCUGACCGUUGGUUGGCCCGUCGGAACUUCAAGCAACAGCUCCAGACGUUCUCGCACACUACGAACGCAAGAUGCAAGGCAAGCCGGUCUCUUCGGCUCCACGCCCCACCCGCGUCCAGGUUCCACCUUCAGAUCGUCGGCUUCGCCCUCGCCCCGGCUUGACUUUAUAAGAAGGGGGGGGUGUUACAUGUUGCGCCUGCACACGAG